UUUAUGUUAGGGUCCCCUGGCACCACACAUCCCCGAAACCUCCGCGACCAUCCCCCCGGUGUAGACAUAUAACCCCCGACGACAGACCACUUCGGCUUAUCGACGAUGAUGAACGGGCAAGUGAAGAGCUGUCUCACGGCGGUGAUCAUGCUGCUGGCGGCGGCAAUCCGGGCUGACGGGUUCGUGUGUCCAACCGGCCGAGUGGUGUCGGGGAGGAGCGCGGUGUCCAUGUCAAGCUUGACUCAGGGGUCUUCCUCCCCCCCUCCCCAGUCCUCUCGGUGGGCGACCUCCUCGUCCAAGCUCAACAUCUCCCCGUACGAGGAGUACAUGGCGCUCAGGCAAAAGAAGGACUCCGGAAAGACCGUAACUCCCGAAGCCGAUCAACAGAUUUCACUUUUCGACUCCUACACGUCGUCGAGGGAGAAGACGGCCGCGCUGCCCCCGGCGGAGAAGGAGAAGUCGCUGUUCGAAGAGUACACCGCGACGAGGGCGACGGUCACGGACCCUGGUGUAGGCCGACCUGCCGCCCCUCCGGCGCCUGCUGCUGCUGCUCCCGCUGCUCCUGCCGCGGCACCGGCAAAGGAGCUCUCCCCUUACGAGGAAUACAUGCAAUCGAAGAACAAGGUGAAGGCUGUCGAGGCCGCAACGACGUUUGAGGAGAAGGCGAAGUCUUCCGUUUACGCGGACUACAUGGCAUCGAGGACCGAAACGACUGGUGCUGCGCCCGUUGACUGCGUGGAAGAGGAGUGCGAUGCGGAUGAGCUGCAGGAACAGGGAGGGUUGUUCGCAAGCUACAUGGCGUCGAGAGGCAUGCAGGUGGAGGCUAUCGACUCUGUCGUCCCCGAGAUCGAGUGCGAGGAUGAAGAGGAGUGCACGGCUGAAGAGGAACUUUCGUUCUACGAAAGCUACAUGAGGUCGAGAAACAAGGUGACCGAAGCUGCUGCCACCGUUACCCCGGCGGAGGUGGAGACGGUCUCCCAGUUCGACUCAUACACCGCGGCGAGGAUUAAGAAGGAUGAGGCCCAGGCGGCAAUGCCCCCGGCGCAGAAGCAGGCCAGCAUGUUCGACGACUACAUGUCGACGCAGUCGAGCGGUUCUUCAUCGAAGACUGCCCCCGGGCACAAGGGCACCGGCGGCAUGGCAGACACCCGCGACCCCGCACCUGUGAACCACGCCGACCCCCGCAAGUCCAUCUCCGCCGCACCCUCGUUUGCGGAGUACCUCAAGUCCAAGAAGAACUAAAUGGGAGGCUGUUCCCAUCUGGCAUGAACCGCAGAGUCGCUGGGCACCCUGAAAGAGGCCGGCUCCCGCGAUCGUGUUUUUUUUUGGCAGUAUAGUGCGAUAGGUUCUCAGGCGGCGGGUCUUGGGCCAAAGCCCGCGGAUGAUUUGUGUGUUUGUCGUAGGUCGGUGUUUGCCCUAUCCAUGCCGUGGGUGGAGGUCGUUUUUUCGUUUUGUUCAUCUGCAAGAAGCUAAGUCGCGGUUCGGUCGAUCCGCCCCCUGGCUUACUUGUCUGUUGCCAGGCAGCGAGCUCCCCAUAACGUGGUGAUACAUUUUAUUACUCUGUCUUCACUGCUGUUGUUAUUCAUACUUCAUGAAAGGGAUCGGCAAUAAAACGAGUGAGGUGUUCCCGUGUUUUUUCUUUGUCCUGUUUUGAAGUCCCACGCAACGUUGCACUCGAACCUAGUCGGGAAACCGGCUCUUAUCUAAGAAAUGGAAAUGCUAGGGGACUUUUGGAGAUGGAAGAGAAUCCAGCAGCGGUUCUUUAGAGAUGGGGCUGGUAGGUUUGGCGGUAGGUAGGGGUAUUCUUUGCCCCCUCCGUUGGCGCGAUAAUACACGCACGGAAAGCGAAGAGUCAGCGGGAUUUCGGGUUGCCAUUUUAAAGAAGCAAAGACGGCACGUCAAACAUACAAUUUUUGUAGGAUGUACCACGGCAGUGUGCGGGCGGGCGUAGAACUCUUGGUUGUUUGCUAAAUUCAUGUUCCUUGAAUAUGGUCGGACUUCGAAUUGUUCUCGAGAUAAAGAUGUUUGUGAACACGGGUCUCUGCGACUUGGUCUCGUCAUUGUGUAGGGGGGGUUGGAACGGGGGUGAGGUCUGGGAAGUCUUGCCGCGAAAUUCAGGGCUAACAUUUGUGAUUUUUGGUGGAUAGCCGUGGAAGUCUGGAAUCUUGGAAAGGGAUGCUUCUGGAGUCUUGGAAAGGGAUGCUCCCUCGGGUGUUGAGACUCUUUUUCCAAAGCUGGGGUCGGCUCCACUUGUUGCGGGAAAAUGCCUCGAAUGCGAAACGAAGACGGGGAAAUAUCG